CAUGGAUCCUUUCCUGUUCACCAAAAUUCCCUCCUGCUCAUCCGAGCCCUCCCAGCUGUUCACUUUGGCAGACAGGCAGGAUAGUUACUCUGUCUGUCCUUCUUGUUGCCUGGCCAAGGCCUGUUGUGGGCAGGAACUGACUCACUUGGGUAUUUCCUGUUCCCCACCUUACAGACAGCUAUAGUGGACACUGUAGGGACACAUCUCUGCGGAUGCACAUCCCCUUCCCUUGGGUACUCACUGAGUAAUGCACAGCCAGGUCCCACGGAUUGCUCGUUACCUCCUGGAAAGCUGCCGGCCCUGUCUGUGGCUCACCGGCAUUGACGCUCGGUCUCUCAGGAGGCGGUUCUGGUGGACACUCAGUUGCCCUCCUGGUGUCUGUUCAUUGCCAUGGCUUGUUUAGGUAGGCUUUCCUUCUCACUGUUGUUUCAGGACAACUUCACUAUACGGGGCGAGUCUUUGUCAGAGUUGUAGUUUGAAGGACCCAGCUACCACCUGCCCUGUGCUUCAGUGAGCAAAUGUAGUCGCUGAGGAACCUUUGUCUAAUUUGGAGGUCCUAGAGAGCUCCUCUGGUACUCUUCCAGAAGUUCCAGCUUUAGGUUCUAUCAUCAGCCCUACAGUCUGAGAACACACAGAACGAACUCAAAACAGUUUAAUGUUGCAAAUGGGUGUCCAGACAUUCAUUCUGUCUGCUGGACAGUACACUGCACUUGCUUUGUACCUUGUCAGAACCUGUCAAGUUCUUGUCACGUGUACAGGUGAACGUGGCACUCUCUCCCAGGCCAUCCGAGGUGUACAGGUGAAUGUGGCACUCUCCCAGGGCAUCCGAGGUGUACAGGUGAAUGUGGCACUCUCCCAGGGCAUCCGAGGUGUACAGGUGAAUGUGGCACUCUCCCAGGGCAUCCGAGGUGUACAGGUGAAUGUGGCACUCUCCCAGGGCAUCCGAGGUGUACAGGUGAAUGUGGCACUCUCCCAGGGCAUCCGAGGUGUACAGGUGAAUGUGGCACUCUCCCAGGGCAUCCGAGGUGUACAGGUGAAUGUGGCACUCUCCCAGGGCAUCCGAGGUGUACAGGUGAAUGUGGCACUCUCCCAGGGCAUCCGAGGUGUACAGGUGAAUGUGGCACUCUCCCAGGGCAUCCGAGGUGUACAGGUGAAUGUGGCACUCUCCCAGGGCAUCCGAGGUGUACAGGUGAAUGUGGCACUCUCCCAGGGCAUCCGAGGUGUACAGGUGAAUGUGGCACUCUCCCAGGGCAUCCGAGGUGUACAGGUGAAUGUGGCACUCUCCCAGGGCAUCCGAGGUGUACAGGUGAAUGUGGCACUCUCCCAGGGCAUCCGAGGUGUACAGGUGAAUGUGGCACUCUCCCAGGGCAUCCGAGGUGUACAGGUGAAUGUGGCACUCUCCCAGGGCAUCCGAGGUGUACAGGUGAAUGUGGCACUCUCCCAGGGCAUCCGAGGUGUACAGGUGAAUGUGGCACUCUCCCAGGGCAUCCGAGGUGUACAGGUGAAUGUGGCACUCUCCCAGGGCAUCCGAGGUGUACAGGUGAAUGUGGCACUCUCCCAGGCCAUCUGACAUCUGUGCAUCAGGAAUCCUGUUCUUAUCUCUGCUGUAGGUAAUUCACAAGAGAAGCCUCAUUGUUGCCAGCUAUAUUCUUAUUUCCCGUAGUCAUUUGGCAUUCUUGUAAGCACCAUAAUGCUGGUGUGUCUGUCUCUAGGAAUUUGACAAGACCGUCUUGACUCUUACUCUAUCUAGGAAGAGCUAUCAUGAUGUUAAGAAUAUUUUGU